AGAGAGACAGAGACCAAGAUCGUCAGAAAAGUAGAGACAAAGAGUAAGGGGAACAAGAGUUGGUGCGUGGGACAUUGCCUUGGAUUUUUUUUAACCCACUGUGGUUUCCUCUCAGACAGAAGACAGGAAAGCUGCUCCCUGGCCAGCAAGAAGCCCCCGACCUGGAUGGAUUGAAAGAUGCGUCCUGAUGACAUUAACCCGAGGACUGGGCUGGUGGUGGCCCUGGUCAGUGUCUUCCUGGUCUUUGGCUUCAUGUUCACUGUCUCUGGGAUGAAAGGAGAGACGCUGGGAAACAUACCCCUCCUGGCCAUCGGGCCAGCCAUCUGCCUACCAGGCAUCGCAGCUAUUGCCCUGGCCAGGAAAACUGAGGGGUGCACCAAAUGGCCAGAAAAUGAGCUGCUAUGGGUCCGAAAGUUGCCCUGCUUCCGGAAACCCAAAGACAAGGAGGUGGUGGAACUGCUGAGGACCCCUUCGGACCUGGAGUCAGGCAAGGGAAGCUCAGAUGAGCUGGCUAAGAAGGCAGGCCUCAGGGGGAAGCCGCCCCGCCAGGGGCAGGCUGAGAUGCCUGUGGCCAGCUCCAUCACAACCCCCACCCCCACGGAAGAAGGAGAAUGCCAGAGCCUUGUCCCGAGCGGGCAGCACGAGGAGACAUCCAGAUACCUGGACGGCUACUGUCCCUCAGGCAGUUCUCUCGCCUACAGUGCCUUGGAUGCCAAGUGCUCAGCCUGGGACAGGUCAGAAUGCCCUGAGCCCGAGGACAGCAUCUUCUUUGUGCCCCAGGACAGUAUCAUCGUUUGCUCCUACAGGCAGAACAGUCCCUAUGACAGAUACUGUUGUUACAUCAAUCAGAGCCAAGGCAGGUGGGACCAUGAGACCAUAGUCUAAGCUUUGCAUACAAGGGCCGCUGUGUUGAUAGAAACAUGACUACCCUCAGCUCCAGGUGGAAGGAAACUGCCCUGCUCCAUCUACACAUUGUUAGAAACUGACCUGGUAUGUGAUGGGUGUGCAAACCUCUGGUGCCUGAGAGCCAUGUAAAUAGGCAUGUUGGGGACAUAUUUUAGGGAAGGGUGAUGGAUGUUAAGGACACUGGAAGAGGCAGUGGAUAGAAGAGGAAGCAGUUCCAACUGUUUUUUUUAACUAUUUAAACCAUGUUGGAUGUUUUGUAAAUAAUCCAAGUGCUGCUCAGUACCUGCUGAAAG